CCUUCCCACCCACGCGCCAGAGUCGCAGUGGGCGGGCCUACGUGCUCCGCCCGCCGUGCGCCUGUCCAGCCCCCGCCAGCUCUGGAGUAACCCGCGAGCUCACACCGGCUUCUCUCUACCCUCAGCCUGCGCGCCGCCAUCGCCGUCAUGCUGGGCGCCGCUCUCCGCCGCUGCGCUGUGGCCGCCACCACCUGGGCCGGCCCUCGAGGCCUGCUGCACUCCGCCCGGACCCCCGGCCCCGCCGCGGCUAUCCAGUCAGUUCGCUGCUAUUCUCAUGGGUCACAUGAGACAGAUGAGGAGUUUGAUGCUCGCUGGGUAACAUACUUCAACAAGCCAGAUAUAGAUGCCUGGGAAUUGCGUAAAGGGAUAAACACACUUGUUACCUAUGAUCUGGUUCCAGAGCCCAAAAUCAUUGAUGCUGCUUUGCGGGCAUGCAGACGGUUAAAUGAUUUUGCUAGUACAGUUCGUAUCCUAGAGGCUGUUAAGGACAAAGCAGGACCUCAUAAGGAAAUCUACCCCUAUGUCAUCCAGGAACUUAGACCAACUUUAAAUGAACUGGGAAUCUCCACUCCGGAGGAACUGGGCCUUGACAAAGUGUAAACCCCAUGGAUGGGCUUCCCCAUGGAUUUAUUGACAUUGCUACUUGAGUGUGAACAGUUUCCUGGAAAUACUGAUGAUAACAUAUUACCUUAUUUGAACAAGUUUUCCUUUAUUGAGUACCAAGCCAUGUAAUGGUAACUUGGACUUUAAUAAAAGGGAAAUGAGUUUGACCUGAAA